AUCGCUGUAGUGUUGUUCGUUCUUGUUUGUUACUUUAAUUUAAGUCAAUAAAUGUAAAUAUAUUAUUACGACUAAGUACUAAGGCUGUGAUUUUAGUUUUUCCUUUUCUAAUCAUCGCAUUAAUAAUCAGUAGCGGCCGAAGAAAAAGCUGCUCCCGUUGUAUUUGAUUAAACUACGUACUUAAUAUUUAUUUACGAUGGCUUCUUGUGUGGGUGAAGAAAAUAAAGUUGUCAUCAAAAAAGAUUGGUACCAAUCAGAGUCUCAAGUGAUUGUUAGCAUUUUGGGUAAACAUACAUCAAAAGAAGACUGUUGCGUAAAAUUUGACAAAGAUGAAGUAACCAUUCAAGCCAAAUUUGCCACUGGUCAACCCUAUACUUUACAUUUAAAACUUAGCAGACAUAUUGCACCCAAUUUUAGUACCUUUAGAGUUCUCUCGUCAAAAUUGGAGAUACGCCUUGCAAAGGUUGAAGAGGGAAUGUGGGACGUACUAGAGAAAACUGUAGUAAAAACAACUAAGCCCUCCUCGACUAUCCAGCCCCGCAAUUGGGAUAAGGUUAUCAAAGAUAUGACAAAAGAAGAAGAUGAUAACGAUGUUAAUACUCUGUUCAAGAAAAUAUAUUCGGACGGUUCGGACGAAGUGCGCAAGGCUAUGAACAAAUCAUUUAUGGAAUCCGGGGGCACCGUUCUAAGUACAAACUGGAAAGAUGUCGGCAAGGAUAAAGUAGAUAUUAAACCUCCGGAAGGGAUGGAGUGGAAGAAAUGGGACGAAUAAACAAAACUGUACAUACUAUUAUGUUAAUUAAGUGUUUGACUUUCUCUGAAAAUUAUAUAAUAAAAAAAUGAUUUUUUUAACUAUACAUACCUUUUCAGAUCUUUGUUGUAUUAUAUACACAUUAUAAUAUUACGUUUUCAUGUGAUUAUGUGAACAAAUCAUGUUUUAAUUUAUUCAUUUUUUAAAUUGAUCAUAUUAGUCUUUAUAGUCUUUUUUUUUUCUUAAACAAAUUAUUUGGAAUUAAACAUAGAUGAGAAUUC